AAAAUAACAAUGAAGAAAUCGUCGGAAUUGUCUGAUAAAUUGGUGUUUUAUUGGACUUUUAAUUGCAUAGCUAGCAGUUUAAUGCCCACGAUUGCAUCACUACUUGGAGGGAAUAAGGAUUUACCAAUGGUGGUUUGGUAUCCAUACGACCCAAACAAAACUCCCUAUUUUCUGUUAACUUACAUUUGGGAAAUUUUCUGUCUGAGUAAUUUAGGAUUAAUUUACGCCGUUUUAGACAUGGUUUUUCCCAGUAUUGCAAUAGUGUUGGGUCAACAAUUUAAAAUUUUGGCCAGUAAUUUCAAAAAUAAUGUCUACAGAGCUCUUAUAGAUUCUGAAGUUUCGGAAACAAUUGUACAAAACUUCAGAAAAAACUUGUACAAGAAUUCGUUUCCGGAAGAAAUUUUACACAUUAUGAAAACCGAAGAGUUUCAAAAAAAUAACGUAAACUAUUUCAAAAAGAAUAUCAAACACCAUCAACAAUUAUUGCAAUAUUGUGACGAUAUUAAUGAUAUUUUGGGUAUUUUCCUCAUGGGAAAAGUAACAGCGGCGAUUUUUAACACACUCUUUAUGGCUUUCAGUCUAAUUACGGCAGGUAACCGAGCUAUGAUUUUUGGAUUGGGCUCUUAUAUGAUUUCAACAAGCAUUGAAUUGUUGAUUUAUACAUACAGUGGUCAAAUCCUGACUCAGAAUGCCGACAUUGUUGGAAGCCUUUAUGAAAGUCCUUGGUACAUGUGCGACGUCUAUUUUCAACGAACAUUUCAUAUUGUUCAAAUGCGGGCAAGUAAAAUUGUGACCGUUAAAGCAGGCAAUUACUUUACAAUGUCCGCCUCCUCGUUUAUAACAUUCAUGAAAUCACUCGGAUCGUAUAUAGCACUUCUGAAAGAGUUAACUGAUAGGGGAAAAUAA